AUGGAGAUCGACAGACCUGACGGAAGGACUCCCAAUCAACUGAGGCCCCUAGCUUGCUCUCAUUCCGUCCUCCACCGAGCCCAUGGCUCAGCCACAUGGACUCAAGGAGAAACGAAGCUCCUUGCUGCAGUUUACGGACCUAAAGCCGGAGCCAAGAAGAACGAAAAUCCCGAAAAAGCUUCCAUUGAAGUUAUUUGGAAGCCUAGUACAGGGCAUGUUGGUCAAGCCGAGAGGGAGUAUGAAAUGAUAUUGAAGAAAACCUUGGAAAGCAUCUGCAUUCGAACCGUAUAUCCCAACACCACCACUUCUGUUAUAGUCCAGGCAAUCCAUGAUGAUGGUGCUCUUCUUCCAUGUGCAAUAAACGCAGCAUGCGCUGCACUCGUUGAUGCCGGAAUACCCCUAAGACAUCUUGCUGUUGCAAUAUGUUGUUCUGUAACAGAUAAUAACUGUAUUAUAUUGGAUCCUUCCAAACAAGAAGAGAAGAAAGCGAAAGCAUUUGCCUAUUUAGUUUUUCCAAAUACAACUGUUUCUGUCGUACAAGAGAAAUCAUUGCAAGCAGGUAAUGAUCCCACGGCACACGGAAUCAUCACAUCUGUUACACAUGGUGCUAUGUCAGUGGAUAAUUAUCUUCAUUGCCUAGAACGAGGGCGUGCCACAACUCAAAGGUUGUCUGAAUUUUUGAGGAAGAACCUAGAGCCAAAAUCUAUCCGCGAGGCAUCCAAAGCUGGAUGA